UUGGUUGUGGUUAGGUAUAGGUCCAACGGUUCCAGGUGUAAACAGGUCAAACCCAUGGUUCCUAACCAGUUCUCGUAGUAGUUCCAGCUUUCCAGGCUGCGAAAAAGGUGGGCAGCUUGUCUCCGUCAACGGCGGUGAAAAAGGUGCAGAGCUUGUCGCCGCGGGAAAGGAGCUCGCCGCGGGGACCAGGCGGGAGCACGGAGCGGCGCCGUAGCGUCGCCGCCGGGCGUUUGCAGCGCCGGCCCAUGAGAACAUGGAGUCGAACUACGGCCUGGCUGCGUCCAAGAUGGUGGUGAAACGAUGGGGUUCAAUCCCGGCACGGGCCUCGGCAAGGACGGGCAGGGGUCGCCGCGCCGUUGCGUCCAAGAUGGUGGCGAAGAUGGGGUUCAAUCCCGGCACGGGCCUCGGCAAGGACGGACAGGGGGUGGGAGCGCCGCUGCAGGGCGUCUCGCGCCCCAUACACGCCAUGCUCGGCAGCGUCUCGGAGCACACCCCUUCUUCGAAGGCAAGGAGAACCUUCCCCUGCCUCCGGCGCCCGCCUCAGGCGAUGGAGGUCACGCAGGCCGUCGACGUCCAGACCAGGUCCAGGGCCGCCGCCGUCGCCAAGAGGACCAGGAGGCCGCUAUUGCCAUCGCCUCUUACGGCUGCCGCUGCUGAUUCGACCAUCGCCGACGGCAGCGAGAGCGGCGGGAGCUCCUACCUCAAGCUGCGCAACCACAUGCUCUUCAUGGCGCCACCGCUGCCGUCCAACCCGGAGCCGGCUCAUGAUUCGGAGGCCGGAUAUGGGGCGCCUCUUCCGGUUGGCCUCUCGCGUUGCUCCAGCAUGGUGUCGUCGGUGGACGCCUCGUCGGCGGCGUAGGACAGGAGCCUGCCGUGCCGCUCCGACGCUGCCGAGGUGCGCUGUCCAGCGAUACUACGGGAAGGAAUCCCAGCUCGCGUGCAUCGCCUACGAAUACGCGCGUCCCUUGCUGAUCACGUUCCACGUCUUGCAGCUGAGUCAAACUUGACUCUGGAACAGUUGCUGCUUAUAGCAUAAUUGGUUCUAAAACCACUUGAGCAAAUAGUUUUAACCCGUGGGUGUGCACUGAGUUUAGUUCAGUUUGGGGAAAAGUAAAGUUGGUUUGGUUUUGGUUGGGCUGGUAACAACAUUGAAUGGUUUCAGUU